UAUUGUCCCCCCGGCUGUCCCCACCGUUACAAUAAACCCUUUUCAGAGCCCCCGUGCCCCCGGUCCGUGCCGUGUCCGGAGGGACCCGCGGGAUGAGGCAGCCGGGACGAGCCCGGUGUUUGCUCAGGGAAUUGGCGGCGGCUGCUGCCGGGGGGGUCACCCGGGGGUCCCUCCCUGCGCUCGGUGCUGACGUCCAUCCCACCGCUGCCUGGUGGCUCCUGCGUCCCCAGGGUCGCGUUUCCCGGGGCUGUGUCCCCCUCUCAGCCCGAUGACGGUGCCGGGAUUCGGGGGAACACAGGCGCCCCGUCUGCGUCACCGGGUGUUUGCCCACACCRCGGGUGGGGGCGGCUCCGGGGGGAUAAAACUGAGACCAGCGCACCCAGGAGCAAACAGGGACGCGUCUGGCGCUGGGAACAUGGAACACGCUCCGCUCUGCCUGCUCUGCCUGCUGGGCUCCGGCCUCAUCGUGCUCGGCACCCCGGAGCCGGUACCGGGGSUCCGGCCCACCCUGAGCCCGCCCGGGCAGAGCCGGGAGGAGACAGAGCUGGUGGAGGUGCUCCAGGAGGUGCUGGAACAGUUGGGAUCCCGGGAGCCGCCGGCGCUGGAGAAAAGGCUGAGCUGGGUGCCGUGGUGCGAGCCCGGGGAGCCGUGCGCGGUGCGGCGCGGGGCGCGCAUCGGGAAACUCUGCAGCUGCCCCCGCGGCACCUCCUGCAACCUCUUCAUCCUCAAGUGCUCCUGAGGGAUCGGGGACACCGCGGGACACCGGGGGACACCGAGGGACAGCGGGGACACCAGCUGCCACCCUCCUGUGCCCCGGGCAGGGGAGGGAAGCGGAGCCGCGUGUCCCCAGCGCCCUCCCCGCUCCGGGAUGGAGCAGCACAGCACCCUCGGGUGUCCUGGCCCGUGGGGCUGGCGCUGUCCAGGCACACAUUAAAMCGUUGG